UUGAGGCGAGACCAAGGUGUGUCUGGAGAUCAGGUAUCUAUCAUGGUGGAUGGUGUUCAAGUGGCCUUGCCAUCCUAUGAAGAAGCGGUGUAUGGCAGCACGGGGAACUGCAUUCCACCCUCGGACUCCCGAGUGCAAAUCGUGCUCUCGGAGGGAGCUGGGCAGAACGGAGCCAGACAGAUGCAGCAGCAGGACCAAGGGGCUCGCAAUAGCUUUGAAAGAGAAGAUGAAGCCCCCGGACAUUCUGGACUGUGUGAAGCCAGUGGCUCUCAGCGCUCUGAAACUGUUCUUGUGCAUCAGGCUGCUACCUCUUGCUGGGUAGCUGGCAUGGCUAGCAGUAGACCUGUACACAAAGAGGUCCAAGAUUCAGAAAGCAGUGACAUACAGAGCCUUUUAUCACUCACUUCCUCCGAGGAAUACACAGAUGAUAUUCCCUUAUUGAAGGAAGCAUGAGGCCUGCUGUGUUUGUCUAGCCUUCUCCCUCUUGGAUUUCUUCUUCCUUCCCUCCCCCUGCCUUCAGGACAGAAGCACUCUGUGCAGCCUUCCCCGUCCUCGCGAGCUGUGCCCUGGAUACCUCCAAGCAGAGACGCUCUCAGCUGAAGAUCCAAAGGAUGUCGCCAGGUUGCCUCCUGGAUGCACCAGUGGAGUUGGUGCAGCGCUGGCUUCCCCAUUCCAUCAGCAUCAGGGGCUCAAGGAACAGAGUGGAUUUGAGCUCUCCUCUCCUCUUCCCCAGCCAGAUGUUUGACAGCAGUCUCUGAAGAGCUGCUCUUUUCUCGUGCCUUUCUCCUCCUCACACCGGCUUGUUGCAGCUUAUCAGCCUCUCGACCUUCUGCUGCCUGGAGAGCAGGGACUAAAACUGCUUGCUCACUGGGUGCAGACACAGUUU